AUGUAAUAAAUCGAAAAUAUUAAAGAAUUACAAAAAUCUGCUCCUGAUUAAUUUUCAUUCUUACUCAGGAUAGGAAAUAAAUGUUAAUCUACUUCCCUUACAAAUGUUUUUACUGGAGAUCCUGCAAUCCCAGUAAUAGGCAAAUAUUCUAGGAAUCAAUAUCAUUUUUUGACUGUAGAUGUCUUAAUUUAGAUGGAUUUAAAUUUAAAUGAAGAUUGUUAUUAUAGUUAAGGAUGUAAAGUAAAUUUGCCUGAUAAUGUGAUCAAGAUUUUGCAUAAUAUUCCUGAAUAAAUAAUACAUAAUAAACCACCUCCAAAAGAUAACAAUAAGAAAGGAGGGAAAAAAUAAAAUAAAAAAUAAGGUAAAUAAAAGUAGCAAUAAGAAUAAUAAAUAUAAUAAUAAUUACAAUAAUAAUUUGAUAAUGAACCAUAAUUAGUUUAGAAAGAUUAAAAAGAAUAUGAACAUGAUGAAGAAUUUUAGAUUAUACUAUUUCAUCCACUACAAUUUCAUAAAUCUCAUAAUAUUAAAUUCAGCUGGAUUAUUAGUUCACUUUAAAAUAAGAAAAUACUUGAACCUAUGAAGUAAGAACCAUGUUUAAGUUAUGUUAAUCAUAAUUGGGUAUUUGAAAUUAUUAACUUUGAACAUACUAAGAAAAUAAUUCAACAUUUACCUAUAUGUGUAGUAGAUCCAAAAGGAGUCUAUGAAUAUCCAGAUCCUUAUAAAGGACUUAGUUUUACAGGUUUAAGAUCAGAAUACAUGUCAGUACAUCUUGGACCAUAAGGAUCUCUAUGUUUUUCACCAAAUAAUAUGAAAAUGAUGGUAGAUAUGAAAUGUCCUUUAAUUUCAUUUUGGACUGUUAUUUUAUAGGAAGAUGGAAUACAUUAAGUAAAUUUACAUUGGGUAAUUUUGCAUGAGAUGUUUUCAGAAAUGUCUCAUGUGAUAGCCAAAGAAAAUAAGACGAUUGAAUAAUUAAUAAUGAAUUAUAGAGAAUUUAGUAAUGAAUAUAAAGCAGAAUGUGAACAAAUAAACAAAAUUUUUGUUUGA